CCUCCUUCGCGCUCGUCACGGAUAGGAUUUCCAACAGAUAAAAGUGGUCAGGUUGAUGCGCUUCCUAUGGCUGUUGAAUAAAAUAACAUGCGAUUUUUUGGUUCUUGAAUUUUGAUAUAUAGAGAAUUGAAAAAUCUUACACUUUGGAAUAUAUAUGUCAUAGAGACAAGAGAAAAAAUGCUUAAUAAUAAGUUACGGCCAAGGAUAUUGAGAAAGAACUAGCAUCUUUGAACGUCGCCGGAAUAUAUUGAGAGACUAAUUCAACUUAUAGCUUUACACGUAUAAAGCUUUCAGGAUUAAAUUUUUAUCCAAAUAUUUUUUUUUAUCUGUACUAAUACCAACUACACCAAUAUCAAGCAAGUCAUCUCCUCGUUGUGAAAAAAAAAAAAAAAAAAUGAAUCGACCACAUAACUCCCUGUUAUCAGCUGCGUUGCUCUGCAGUGUGUUAUUAUCCACAAGAACAGCGUUCAUUGAGACGGCACGCGAGGAAAGUCUAGUAAUUAGACCAAAGAAACAGAUCCUUUUCACCAACGCCUUCGUGGAAAGGCCAGCUGAAAAGAUUCCUGACGUGCCUGACGAAGUAUUUCAACGCGAGGAAAUACUGGAGCAGAAUUACAGCGGGUCCAAGGAGAGCGGGCAGGCUGUGUACGAACCCGUUAAACAUGCACACAAAAAAGCAGGACUCCCCGCUCGCUUUCGUGUGAAGCGUGACGACCUUAGUUCUCCAGCGGCCGAAGCACCUGGUUCCUCUGUUCGUCGUCAACAGGGAAUACUUACCUGGUUGUAUCAAGUCCCUGGUUAUCAGCACAGCCCACAUCUUUCUAGUAUCCCUCUCCCGAGUGUCCAGAUAUCCGUCCCUUAUAUCUCUGUUAGUGGGAAUAGUGAUAUUAGGACAGGGACUCCUUAUAUUCCACCUCCAGGAUAUCCUAUAUUGGUUCAGGGUCCUUCCAGAUAUCCGGCACUAAAUCACUACCCGCACUUCCCUCAAGGACAUCACCAACUCCAUCACGAAGUCAUCUGUGAGAGUGAAGAAGAGUUAGAAGAAUCCCUGGCACCAAGUGUAAGGAGAUCUAGCGUCUCUUUUUCCUCUUCCACUACUUUAUCGUCUUCUCCUGUUCUUCCCGUUCCAUCAGCCUCCCCAGCAUCUUUAGUGACCCCGACAUCUCUUUUCCGAUCAGCUUUAUCUCCCUCGGUUCCAGUAUCUUCAUCGGCUCCGUCUUCUGUUUCUUCUUUAUCGUUUUCUUCGCCGUCAUCCGAUUCCUCCUCGUCUUCUCCUCAUCCUCCGCCAUCCAAUUCCACCACGUUCUCCUCCCCACCUUCAUCCGAUUCUUUCUCUUCUGUUCCGUUGUCCGACGCCCCAAUCUCUUUCUCUCCUCUUUCCUCUCCCUCGCCAUCUCUUCCAACUUCUAUAACUCCAACAAACUCUUCCCCUUCCUCUCUCUCCCAUCCGACACAGGAUGACGAAAUCCCCUUUGUCUCCCCUACCGAUAAAGUCGCCUCUCCCGACAACAUCAUCUUCCCUUCCAGCACCGACCGACCUAUCAUUUUCCCGACUCAUUCUCCUGCCUCCGUUACUCAGCCCUCGCCUACUUCCGUACCCGCUAAUAACGUCACCGUGCCUGUGAACGAGACGGAUAUCAGAGUGAGUAUCGUUGCCCCUAGCCGACCUUGCACGAGGAUAUGUGAAUACGCUGCAGCCGAGGGGGUGUGUUUAAAAGACUACUCGUGCCUCGUCAGACUCAACUCGCUUCGUAUUGGUAAUUCGACUCAACGAAGCACAGAGAAACCCUAACGAUCGAUUGCUUGUGAUUGUCAGUGAGUGUCUAUUCGAUGAAGUAGGGUUUCGUGUCUCGUUUAAUCUCUCACUCCGCUUAUAACGUGCAGUGGUUGUGUUUACAUAAUGUAUUGCAUGAAAGAGAUUCUGUUUUUUUUUUUUUUUUUUUUUUUUUUUU